AGCUGAGGCGCGUCCUCCUUCCGCUUUCACUCUCGCGUACGGGGCGCCCCCGGCCUAGCCCGGCCCCCUCUAGCGGUGCCUCUGAGCCCGAGCUCCUCCUCAGGUUUCGGGGGAUGUCGCGCCCGAGCAGCGUCUCCCCGCGGCCUCCCGGAGGGGGCGGCGGCCUUCCCAGCGGCGGCCCGUCCACCGCCGCCGCCUCGUCCUCCUCCGGCAGCGGCCGGUCCAAAGGGCUGAAGGACAUUCGCAUCGACGAGGAGGUGAAAAUCGCCGUGAACAUCGCUCUGGAGAGGUUCCGAUAUGGGGACCAGCGAGAAAUGGAAUUUCCUUCCUCCUUGACUAGUACUGAAAGAGCCUUCAUUCAUCGACUGAGUCAAUCGCUUGGUCUGAUUUCUAAAAGUAAAGGGAAAGGUGCAAGCAGAUAUCUAACUGUGAAGAAAAAAGAUGGCUCAGAGUUGGCACAUACAGUAAUGACAUGUAAUUUGAUUCCCAACACAAAACAUGCUAUUAGAAGCCUUGUACAGCGAUUUCCUGUCACCAAUAAAGAGCGCACCGAGCUUCUACCGAAGACAGAGAGAGGAAAUGUUUUUGCUGUUGAAGCUGAGAAUAGAGAAAUGAGCAAAACAAGUGGGCGACUUAACAAUGGCAUCCCUCAAAUCCCAGUGAAACGGGGAGAAUCUGAAUUUGAUUCGUUUCGGCAGUCUCUACCAGUUUAUGAAAAGCAGGAUGAAAUUGUUAGAAUUAUUAAAGAAAAUAAAGUUAUAUUGAUUGUGGGGGAAACUGGAUCAGGAAAAACUACUCAGAUUCCCCAGUUUCUACUUGAUGACUGCUACAAAAACGGAAUACCAUGUCGCAUAUUUUGCACUCAGCCAAGACGUUUGGCAGCAAUUGCUGUGGCUGAAAGGGUUGCUGCUGAAAGAAGAGAGAAGAUUGGGCAGACAAUUGGCUAUCAAAUCCGAUUGGAAAGCAGGGUCUCUCCAAAGACACUUUUAACGUUUUGCACUAAUGGUGUAUUACUUCGUACAUUAAUGGCAGGAGAUAGUGCACUGUCAACUGUAACUCAUGUCAUUGUGGAUGAAGUCCAUGAGAGAGAUCGGUUCAGCGACUUCUUGUUAACGAAGUUAAGAGAUACACUACAAAAACACUCGUCAUUGAAACUCAUACUUUCUAGUGCUGCCCUGGAUGUGAACCUCUUUCUCAGAUAUUUUGUAGGCUGUCCAGUGAUAUAUAUACCAGGAAGACCAUUUGAAGUAAAAGAGAUGUUCCUUGAAGACCUACUAAGAAGCACAGGCUACACAAAUAAAGAGAUGAUCAAAUACAAAAAGGAAAAACAGCGAGAGGAAAAACAACAGACAACUCUGACUGAAUGGUAUUCUGCACAAGACAACAGCAAGCCAGAACUGCAGCGCCAGAGAGCAAUACCAAAUGUGGCUGAGGAAUAUGAUCUGUUGGAUGAUGGUGGUGACACAGUGUUCAGUCAGUUGGCUGAAAAAGAUGUCAACUGCCUUGAACCUUGGUUAAUUAAAGAAAUGGAUGCUUGUCUCUCUGAUAUUUGGCUACACAAAGACAUUGAUGCCUUUGCACAGGUGUUCCACCUUAUUUUAACUGAAAAUGUCAGUGUUGACUACAGGCACAGCGAGACAAGCGCAACGACUUUAAUGGUAGCUUCUGGAAGAGGUUUCUUGAGUCAAGUAGAACAGCUGAUUGGUAUGGGAGCAAACAUUCACAUCAAAUCAUCCAAUGGCUGGACAGCUUUGGACUGGGCUAAGCACUUUGGACAGACAGAAGUGGUUGAUCUGUUGGAGUCCUAUUGUGCCUCACUAGAGUCGGGUAAUCUUGAUGAAAGUUCUUUGGUCCAUGCAAAUGCUAGUGAACUCAGUGCAGAAGACAGAGAACUCCUAAAGGCUUAUCAUCACAGCUUUGAUGAUGAAAAAGUGGACCUUGACCUGAUCAUGCACCUGCUAUACAACAUCUGUCACAGCUGUGAUGCAGGAGCGGUUUUAAUUUUCCUUCCUGGAUAUGAUGAGAUUGUUGGCUUGAGGGACCGCAUCAUGUUUGAUGACAAGAGGUUUGCUGAUAAUGCUCACAGGUUCCAAGUUUUUAUGCUGCAUUCAAAUAUGCAGACAUCAGAUCAGAAGAAGGUUCUAAAGACCUCUCCCCCAGGCAUCCGCAAAAUAAUUCUUUCUACAAAUAUUGCCGAAACCAGCAUCACAGUUAAUGAUGUAGUCUUUGUGAUUGACUCUGGAAAAAUGAAGGAGAAGUCCUUUGAUGCAUUGAACUGUGUGACCAUGCUAAAGAUGGUAUGGAUUUCUAAAGCUAGUGCCGUUCAGAGAAAGGGCAGGGCAGGACGUUGUCGACCUGGAAUUUGUUUCCGACUUUUUAGUAGACUCAGAUUUCAAAAUAUGCUGGAAUUUCAGACCCCAGAGUUGCUAAGAAUGCCUCUACAGGAGCUUUGUUUGCAUACAAAAUUGCUAGCUCCCAUCAACUGUCCAAUUGCCGACUUCUUGAUGAAAGCUCCAGAACCACCUCCGGCUUUAAUCAUAAGAAAUGCUGUACAGAUGCUUAAGACAAUAGAUGCUAUGGAUACCUGGGAGGAUUUGACAGAACUUGGCUAUCAUCUGGCUGACUUACCAGUAGAACCUCAUCUUGGCAAAAUGGUGCUGUGUGCUGUUGUUCUGAAGUGCCUGGAUCCUAUUCUGACAAUAGCAUGUACCCUUGCAUAUCGCGACCCAUUCGUGUUACCUACACAGGCCUCUCAAAAGCGUGCAGCCAUGCUGUGUAGAAAAAGAUUUACUGCAGGAACAUUUAGUGACCAUAUGGCUCUUCUCCGGGCUUUCCAGGCAUGGCAAAAGGCGCGAAGCGAUGGCUGGGAACGAGCUUUUUGUGAGAAGAAUUUCCUAUCUCAGGCAACAAUGGAGAUUAUCAUAGGAAUGAGAACACAGCUGCUUGGGCAACUCAGAGCAUCAGGUUUUGUAAGAGCCAGAGGUGGUGGCGACAUAAGAGAUGUUAACACCAACUCUGAGAACUGGGCUGUGGUGAAAGGUGCCUUAGUAGCUGGAAUGUACCCCAACAUAGUUCAUGUUGACAGAGAGAACAUUGUUUUGACUGGGCCAAAAGAAAAAAAAGUUAGAUUUCAUCCUACCUCAGUUCUUAGCCAGCCCCAAUAUAAAAAGAUUCCUCCUGCAAAUGGUCAAGUGGCAGCUAUUCAGGCACUUCCCACGGAUUGGCUCAUAUACGAUGAAAUGACAAGAGCCCACCGCAUAGCCAAUAUCAGGUGCUGCUCAACUGUGACACCAGUCACUGUGGCCCUCUUCUGUGGAUCAGCUAGGUUGCCAAGUAAUGCUUUGCAGGAGCCUUCCUCCUUCAGAGUGGAUGGUGUUCCUAAUGACAGCAGUGAUAGUGAGAUGGAAGACAGAACUACUGCUAACUUGGCUGCCUUGAAACUGGAUGAAUGGCUUCAUUUCAAAUUAGACCCAGAGGCUGCUAGCCUACUCCUGCAAUUGAGGCAGAAAUGGCAUAGUUUAUUUUUACGGCGCAUGAGAGCUCCUUCAAAGCCCUGGUCUCAAGUUGAUGAGGCAACCAUACGAGCAAUCAUUGCUGUUUUAAGCACUGAAGAACAGUCUGCAGGUCUACAGCAGCCUUCAGGAAUUGGGCAAAGACCAAGACCUAUGUCAUCUGAAGAACUUCCUCUAGCAUCUUCAUGGAGAUCAAACACUAGCCGAAAAAGCUCAGCAGAAGCAGAAUUCGCAGAUGAUGCUUUUAAUGCUGAAAGAAAUCCCCCUAAAGCAACUUUAAGCUAUGAUAUAAACAAAGAACAGAACAAUACAAUAUUAAGAGUUCUAAUGAAGUCUGCAUCUCCAGCAUUUCACCAACCCCUGAAAUACAAAGAGAGAAGCGUUUUGCAUUCCAAACGAAGCACAGAUGAUAGGUCAGACCAGUCAUCUGUGAAAUCUACAGACAGCAGCAGUUACCCCAGCCCCUGUGCCAGUCCUUCUCCUCCGUCAUCUGGGAAGGGCUCCAAGUCUCCUUCUCCAAGACCAAAUAUGCCAGUUCGAUACUUCAUUAUGAAAAGCAGCAACCUGAGAAACCUUGAGAUUUCACAGCAGAAGGGGAUUUGGUCUACAACCCCAAGUAAUGAGCGAAAACUGAAUCGAGCCUUUUGGGAAAGCAGUGUUGUUUACUUAGUAUUUUCUGUUCAGGGGUCAGGACACUUUCAGGGCUUUGCUCGAAUGUCUUCAGAGAUUGGACGUGAGAAGAGUCAGGAUUGGGGUUCUACUGGCUUAGGAGGAGUAUUCAAGGUGGAGUGGAUCAGGAAAGAAAGUCUUCCUUUUCAGUUUGCUCAUCAUCUGCUCAACCCUUGGAACGACAACAAGAAAGUACAAAUAAGUCGAGAUGGCCAGGAACUGGAACCUCAGGUUGGUGAGCAGUUGCUACAGCUCUGGGACCGUAUUCCUUUAGGAGAGAGAAACGCUGCUGACUGAAAAUACGACGGGCAACUUUUGAGGUAUACUCUCCAGAUGAGAAUGUGAAUGAAUUUGAAAGUUUUCUAACCCUGUUGGUGAAGCUUAGAGAAAGUAGUAGCUGUUCUCAAGUGGUUAUUGAUGUAAUACUGGAUAGAUCCACACGUCACUUGAUUUUAAGGCUAGGAGAGGGGGAAGUGGAGCUAAAAUAAAGCACCAGGGUGACCGCUGUGGAGGGAGGAUGCAGAGUGGAGGGUCAAUGAGCAGGCAAGUGAAGCAGAAGAUUGCAAGGCCAGUGUAGUAAUUUCCUGUGUUUUAAAAUGCUCUUCCAGAACAAGCUUGAUGUACAGAGUGGUCACUUGAAAAAAAUCACAUUGUCAUUUGCCAAAAUUAAGCAGAAGUUUUUGUUUGACGAAUAAAGACGUAAAACUUUGUUGUUCUCCUCCACAGUUCCACCUCCUGUGAAAUAGAUAAUGUGCUAAGAUCACCAGUGCACCUAAAGAAGGAAAUGCCAGAGGGAAAUGGGCUGCAGGCAUUCAGCAGCACUCCUCUAGCACAGACUAGAUUUGAUGCUGUGUUCUGGUUUGAAGGAAACAACGUGGACUGCUCUUAUUUUCAUUGAGAAGUUUGUUCUUUUUCAUUCACUUUGAAGUUUCAAAUGUUAAGACACCCAAACUCCAAAUGGUGGGUCACCAAAGCAGACCGAAUCUGCUGUUGAAAUUUUACCAGUGUUGUAAUUUAAAGCAGUAGGUCUGUGAACAAUGAGUAAUAUUCAUCUUGAUAGAAUCCUGUUCCAACAAGGCUCAAGGGAAAAUAAAUGGAGGUACAGCUUCGAAGUUGAAAGGCUUGUGAACACCUUCUGCUACUGGACCAAAACAAUGAGUAGACAUAUCAGUGAAAAGGGCCACCUCCACUCAGAUUAAAUCCAAUUUAAAUGACGAGUGCCUUUUGUCAGAAAGCUGGCUUUGGGGUGUUUUAAUUUUGACCAUAUUCUGUGUCCAUUAUGCACUUGCAGAAAUGGGGAUGGAUUUCCUAAUUCUUUGCUCGUAGUGGGUGCAUCAGGAGCAGCCUCUUCAGUUUUGAAGGAAAGGGCACUUUAAGGAACCAUUUUUUUAUUAGCCUUCCUCUUAAAACAAUCACCAGCAACUUUUUUCUCCUUCCCAAAAUUGCCUACAAGUAGUGUGCACUUUUGAUUUUCUUUUUCACUUGCCAUAUUUCUUUUGACUUGAUUUGUCUAAAUAGCUCCCUUCUACAUUGUGCAAAUAUAUAAUCUGUUGUACUUUGUUUGUACAGCUCCCCACUCAGUCUCUUUUCUGUAGUUUUGUUUUUUAAAAGCACGAUGGCCAAAUCGGCUUUUCUGCAGAGCAUUUGAACAGGGAUGGUUUAAGUUUAAUUACUGAGCAGUCUUCUAAGUUAAGAAUGUUAAAAAGGCAAUUCUUCGCCACAAACCACUAAUAAAAGGAUAAAACUACAGUGGAUUAACUUUUACAUGAAUUUGGGAUUUGAAUUUCUUGACUUUUGCAUUUCAUUGUUAAGGGUUUUUUUUACAUUUUCAUGUAUAGAUUGACUUAUUUGUGAUUUUUGAGCAUGUGUAAUUGGUGUUCCUCUGUACAUCUCAUCACAUUUUCUUGUUAAUUUUUACUAACUAAUGCCAGUCAGUUACCAGUUUACCAGUUUUAAGUUGGAAAUAAGAUGUAUUUAGAAUAAAGCCAUUUUGUUUUUAGCUGAUUGGUGUUUUGGAGCAAUUUAUACAGCAGAGAGUAACCUGUUAUCAAAGCACUAUAUCUACCUAGAACUACCGGUAGUUCUUCACCUCUGAUUGUUAAAUUGCAUUCAUUGUCAGGUUGUAUAUAGCAACAAUAAUUAUUCUGUUCUAGUUCUUCUGCACAUGUACAAACUUCAGUAACCUAAUAUAGCUUAACAAGGAAAUUAGGAAGAAGGCUGUCUUACAUGUUUCUUCAAGAUCAGGAUUCAGGUGCAGCUAUUCUCAGGUACAAAGGAAAUGUGGUCAGUUACAUGCUUUUUUGCUAUAGGCUGGAUAUUUCUAAAGCACAAAAUAAUACUAAGUUAUAUGAAAAUACAGUGUCAGCAUGGUUGGGUUGUAUGUGCAUUCCUCCCCUAAAUAAAGUUUACAUGCACACAG